CGUGUCGCGUUGAAGCGCUGCGCCGCUGCUCGCAGUAGGAAGCUUUAACCCGUGUUCGGUUGACAGCAGCGCAGAUGGGUCGGUUCCUCGCGGUGGUCCUGUUAGUGCACCUGUGGGCCUCGGCGGCGGUGGCGAGGUACGAGCCAACCUGGGAGUCUCUGGACGCCCGUCCGCUGCCGGCCUGGUACGACCAGGCCAAGGUGGGCAUUUUCCUGCACUGGGGCGUCUACUCCGUGCCCGGCUACGUAUCCGAGUGGUUCUGGUGGUACUGGAUGGACCAGGGCUCCCCCACCAACAAGAAGGUGCCCCAGUUCAUGAAGGACAACUAUCCCCCGGGAUUCACGUACCCGGCCUUCGCCAAGGACUUCACAUGCGAGUUCUUCGACCCCAAGGAAUGGGCCCGCAUCUUCGAAGACUCGGGCGCACGGUAUGUUGUUCUCACUUCCAAGCACCACGAAGGCUACACUCUUUGGCCCUCUAACGCGAGUUUUAACUGGAACUCCAUGGACAUUGGACCGAAAAGAGAUUUAGUGGGUGAGCUGGCGAACGCCAUCCAGUCCAAGAACAAUCUCGUCUUCGGCUUAUAUUAUUCCUUAUUUGAGUGGUUCAAUCCUCUCUACCGGCUGGACAAGAGCAACAACUUUACGACGGAUUUCUUUGUGAAGUAUUGCGCAAAGUGUGCAACUUACUCGCGAUAG